UCCGAGUCCCGUCUUUUCAUGGUCGCGUAAGAGCAUGCAAGAGCUGUUGGCGAUCUUUACGCGACCAUGCAUCUCAUCAAGCCGCAGUGGUUAACACAUCCCGGCGAACAAAAGGACUUUGAAGUAUACAGCUGCGACGUUUCGCCCGAUGGCACGCGCCUGGCCACGGCCGCCGGAGACGGAUACGUACGCGUAUGGUCCACCGAUGCCAUCCUCAACUCAAACGACCCCACGUAUGCGAAGCCUAAGCAGCUCGCUGCUGUCAGCCAUCAUUCGGGCACCAUCCACGCCGUCCGCUUCUCUCCCAACGGCAAAUACUUGGCAUCCGGCGCAGACGACAAGAUAGUAUGUGUCUAUGCACUGGACAAGAAUGCGCCGACACACGCGGCAUUUGGAUCGAACGAGCCCCCGCCCGUCGAGAAUUGGCGCGUCAUCCGCCGCCUCAUAGGACACGAUAAUGAUGUGCAGGACCUGGGCUGGUCGUUUGACUCUUCGAUAUUGGUUUCGGUGGGCCUGGACUCCAAGGUCGUGGUCUGGUCAGGACAUUCGUUUGAGAAGCUCAAGACGCUGUCCAACCAUCAGAGUCACGUCAAGGGCAUCACCUUUGACCCGGCCAACAAGUACUUUGCGACCGCCAGCGACGACCGAACCAUCAAAGUCUACCGAUUCAAUUCCCCGCCGCCGAAUGCCUCACAGCAAGACCAAGUCAACAACUUUAUCCUAGACCACACAAUCACCGCGCCCUUUCAAACCUCGCCGCUCACCACAUACUUUCGCCGCUGCUCAUGGUCGCCAGACGGCGCACACAUUGCUGCUGCCAACGCUACGAAUGGGCCAGUCAGCUCAGUCGCUAUCCUUUCGCGUGGAUCGUGGGAUGGCGACAUUAGUCUUGUUGGUCAUGAGGGGCCGGUUGAAGUCACCGCAUUUUCUCCCAGAUUGUUCUACCGGGACCCGCCACGCCCAGAAAAAGACGGAUCCAUUUCACAACCGACCGUGACUAUAGUGGCAUGUGCCGGGCAGGAUAAAUGUUUGAGUGUGUGGAACACAAGCUUUCCCAGGCCUUUUAUGAUUUCGCAAGAGCUGGCAGGAAAGUCGAUAUCCGACUUGUCAUGGUCGCCAGACGGAGAGACUCUGUACGCAACCAGCCUGGACGGCAGCAUCAUGACGUUGGUAUUCGAGCCGGGCGAAUUGGGAUAUCCUGCAACGCUUGCAGAGAACGAGAAGACGCUUGCCAAGUUUGGUGCUGGCAGGAGGGUUGGCAUUGUUGAAGGCACAGAUGCGCUACUUUUGGAAGAGAGCAGUAAGAGUGGGGAGCUCAAGGGUGUCCAGGGCAGGAUGGGUGCACUGAUGGGCGACGGCGGUGCAGUCCAGCCGCCGACAAUCACCAACGGAACGAACGGUACUACACCCUCUCUCACCAAUGGAUCCACUGCAGCACCGGCACCAGCAGCACCAGCACCCGUCGAGCCACCUCCAGACCAGAGGGUGGAGAAGCUGAAGCAAAGAGUGACGGUCACGAAAGACGGCAAGAAGCGAAUAGCACCAAUGUUGAUGUCGUCUUCGUCUGGUGUUGGCGAAUCCUCCCUGCCCAAGACACAGCUCCUCUCCGCGACAACAACAUCAAGCCGGAGUGACAACCCGCAUAACAUUCUCGAUCUCUCGAAACCAUAUGAUGGAUUCCCGAAAGGAGGUCUCGCCAGUAUGCUCGUUGGGAAUAAGAGGAAGUUUGCUGAAAUUGAAGGCGAUGAGGACAGGCAGGUGGAGCGGAGAUUGGCUGCAUCUGUGAAGUCUGGGGGUGCAGCGAUUGUGCUAAACAGCGAGAAUGGCCUCAUCCCGCCUGCUGCCGCACCGCCGAAGAGUAACGAAUUGCAGGAACCGCCAAAAGUUCUCAGGCCAGCGAUUGUCAACCCGUCUCUUAGUCUUGCUCAGGUGCGGUUGGCAGUACCAAAAGUCAGGAGCGUCAUUGUGCGGACGAUGGAUGGCAGCGAGCCACCACAGAGUGGCGUAGAUGCCAAUACCGGAAAGGCAGACAUACCAGACACUGUUAUACUCGAGGCGCGCAAUGCCAGUGGACCAUCACGGACAGGACGACCGCAAGACCACGACCCAACGCGUCUCACAUGCACAAGCAAAGGACAGUCUCUGUGGCAGGACUUUUUACCAAAAGCUGUUCUCCUGGUUACGGGCAACACAAACUUUUUCGCUGCGGCAUGCGAGGACGGAUCAGUGUACGCAUGGACGCCAGCAGGCCGGCGAACACUCAAUGCCAUGGUUCUUGAGGCACAGCCCGUCAUCAUGGACUGCCGUGGCUGGUGGUUAACGUGCAUUACGGCAGUGGGCAUGUGCUAUAUCUGGAACCUAAAGACCAUGUCGUCGCCUCAUCCCCCUGUUUCCCUGGCCCCCAUUCUCGACAUUGCAGCCUAUGCUCAAGGACCACACCUCACCCGGUCGCCUGGUAUUGUCUUUGCACGCUUGAACUCGGCCGGCCGGAUAACAGUAGCCAUGUCUAAUGGCGAGGGAUACGCCUACAACCCCGACAUGUACAUUUGGCAGCGCCUGUCAGAACCAUGGUGGGGCGUCACCAGUCAGUACUGGAAUUCCACAGACUCCUCGGUCGGCAACAUUCGCUCCUCGCAAGACAAGGCCGCAGUCAAGGAGAAGGAUGACCAGGUAUCGCCGGAGAACAUCUCGGCGGGCAUCAUCCCUGCCCUCGAGCGCAACACGACAAACCAGUCCCUCUUGCAGGGCCGCGCCUUCCACCUCCAGCGACUCAUCAAGAUCCUCGUCUCGGCAGAGGGCUACGAGACGUUUGAGAGCAGCGCCAGCGUCGCCCAUCUCGAGAACCGUGUCGCUGCCGCCCGCGCCCUGGGCGCCAAGGAAGAAUACAAGAUAUACUUUACCAUGUACGUCAAGCGGCUCGGCGCCGAGGGCCUCAAGGGCAAGAUUGAAGAGCUGCUGCGAAGUCUGAUGGGCAACCUCAUUGAAGACGACGCCGGUGAUGAAGCCAGCCAAGAGCAACAAGACACGUCCAAGGAGCCCGCCGACAUUUGCGGCUGGAAGAGGGAGGACCUACUGAAAGAGGCCGUUUUGAUUCUCGGUAAACAUCGCGAUCUCCAGCGCAUCACCGUGCCGUAUGCGCGUCUCCUCAACAUUGUCUCCGAAGGCCAGCGCCAGGACGAUCAAGCUAUGAUUACGGAUAUGUAGUAUAUACCCUCGUCUCUUUUUUUUUUGCCUGUCUCUUGGGAAGUCGGUCUUGUCUGUCUUGGUCCCAUCUUUUUUUUGUAUCUAUGUGGUACAAACAUCAACUUUUUUUUGCCUAUCGCUAUUCAAUCGCUGAAACUGCCUACCCUACCUCCGUUUCCCACACUUGUAUUAGUUUCUCUGUCGAAAAAUUCUACGUGGCGCAGUAGCGUAGAGGUGCUUACUUUCUUUUUUGUCCCUCUUCGAAAUUAGUAGAGUUUGAAAGCUG